AAAUAAUGACCUUCUAUUUCAAAACUGUCGCGUUCGCAAGGAUUUGGAAAGCUUUUUUACACGAACAUAAAUUACCACUGACAAGCAAUGACGCGCAGUGUGGGAUUUCUAGCGCAUGCGUAGUAAGAAAGUACGUAUGUACCAGGUCCAUCGCAAUGACAUAGCUAUGUUCUUUAAAUACGAAGGUAUCAUUGGGCCCCAGAAAUUUUAAGGAGAGGAGAAAGCUUUAAUUCAAUGAAAUAGAAUACCAUAUAAACAAUGUUAAUAAAAUGUAUUGUUAUUUUGUACGUGUGCAGCCGAUUUAUUAUACGAAUAUCAAGAAAGCGCAGAAAAUACGCGAGGCAUUUUCAGGCGUGUGAUGUAUACAGCCGUGGCAUCACGCGAUGUCUCUAGCUAUAAUGUCACUUACGCAUGCGCAAGCAGCUUCGCGUCGUUAGUGAAAAGAAAUCCUACGACUACGUGUCGCUGGAAAGCAGUAGCUGAUAUUAUAUGACAAUGAAACAGAACUAACAGAUGACUGCUAAACGUGCAGCCAAACGAUGAAUUAUUUAAAUAAUUCAACAAGCAGUGGAGUGACUGGUGAUUCUGGCCUUCAAUUGAACAAUGUUGAAGUGUUAUAUUCAAAAGUGCAAAGAGUUUACCUUAAACCACAGCAUAAAGAAGAACGUCAACGCGAGCUUAGGGUUAAUGUGGAAAUACAUGCAGGUCUCAGCCCAGUGUGUCGCAAGAGUUUAUGUGUCUUAUUAGCAGAUGACGAUGAUCCCUGUUUUCUUUACUCAUUGUUUAUCUCAGAAGAUGAUUUUAAAGUUUUAAAAUCUCAACAGGGAUUAUUGGUAGAUUUUGAUAACUUUGCAACUCAAUUAAUACAUCUAUUAGAACAAUGUCAAAUAUUACCAUCAAACUUAUCAAAAACACCACCAAAGUUUUUGUUAUUAUUAGCUGAAGAAAGCGGAGAAUGGAUAUUUAAACUAGUUGAAACAAAUAAUUUUAAGCACUUGUGUCAUUUAAGUUUAAAUAUAUCACCAGCAUGUGAUUCUGAUUUAAAAACUCAUAUGGCCAUGAAAAUUAAACAUCUGAAAGAAAAUAUUCAACAACAGAAUAGAGUGGCAGUUACAUUGGAAACAAGAUUAAAUGAAUUAUCAAAUCAAGUAGAAACAAAAACAAGAGAAUUAGAACAGUUAGAACAAAAGUAUAGAACAGAAAAGAACCAAAUACAAAUAUCUUCUUCUGAACAAAUAAGUUUAGAGAAAGACAGAUUCUCUAAGGCUCAAUUAGAGUGGCAAUGUCAAAGUGAAAAAGAAAAAUUAGAAAUAGAACGUAGACAUACAGAAAUGGUAAAACAGCUUCAUACUGAACUUGCAGAAUUACGUACGCAAAAUUUAACAUACAAAGAUAAGCUAUCUCUUCUUGAAGCAACAAAUAUAGAACAAAUUAGACAAUUACAAAAUCUUGAGAAAGAACUUAAUGUUGCUCAAAGAGAUUUAAAUUUAUUGAAGAAACAAAAUUCUAAAUUGGAUACAGAUUAUCAUGAAAAAGAUAAAACGGUAAAUAGUUUAAAGACUAAAGUUGCUGUACUGGAGCAAGAACUAAAAGAUAAAGGUAUACUUAUUAGUAAACAUACGGAAAUGUUAAAAACAGCAAAAGAACAAAAACAACAUCUUGAAGAUCUUUUGGCUGAAAAAGAUGGUCAGUUGCAACGUAAACAAAAUUCUUUGAGAAAUUUAAGUGAUGAGCUGGUUAAGGCUAAUGAAAUAUUAACGAAGCUACAAAACGAACUUGCUUCAACUAAAUCAAAAUUAAAAUUAAGAACUAGUAUAGCUCUUGAACAAGAAAGGUUGUUAGACACUAAACAAAAAGAAGUUGGUCAAUUAGAAAGUAAAAUGGAAAGUUUAAUAAAAGAAACGAAAGAUGUAAAAACUGAAGCCGAGAAUUUGAAAGAACAGCUUAAAAUGCAACAAAAUCAAUUGGAAGAGAAAGAAAAGAUAAUAAAAAAUAAUGACAAUGUAAUUAGUUGGUUGAAUCGACGAUUAGCAGACAAUCAAUCUCCGUUACAAAGUGUAAAUGCGGCAGCAGUGACCGUACCUUCUUCAAUUCAGUUAACAUUACCUAGAACGAAUAAGUUAAUCUCUACUAAGUAUGAAACACGUACACCAGUGCCUAGUACAGUGCAACCAAAUACAUUUUCUGGACUCAGGAAUCCAGUUGUACAAAAUCCAAACAUUAAUCAAACUACACGAAUGGCAGCAAGAUCAAUGGGUGUUGGUAUUACGGAUAGCACGGUAGGUGUAUCAACAUUUAAUAAAACCGGUCAAAUCUCGAGUACCAGUACACCUUUGGAACGUAUUAAUUCAUUAAAUAAGUUACCUGGAAAUGUUGGAGGGUCAUCCUCGAUGCCUGCUAUCGUAGAAAACAAUAAUCAAGCUGUACCAUCAAAUGGUACAAAAACUAAAAGUACAAGUGCUACGCUACAGGGUGGAUUAAGAAGGGGAGGUUUGUCUGACAAACCAAUUUUGCCAUCUGCAUAUUUUCCCAAAACUUUACAUUGAUCAAAUAUGUGAGUAUAAUUGCCAGUAUAUAGUAUACAAAUAUCAAAGUUGUUAUAAACGGACAUUAGAUAAGUGAAUAAUAUUUGAAGUUUCAUGCUGAAAUACAGUACAAAAUAUACACAGAGGAUAGUAAUAUUAGAAAGAAUUCUAGAUAUUAUAACUUAGACAUUUUUUUGUUUAAGUUUAUAUACAUACUUUCCUAUAUUUGAAUUUUGAGUAUUACAAAUACGUUUAAAAGCAUUAUCAUAUCUCAUGAAAGUAUAUUAAU